GCGUAACGCGGACGGGCGCAAACCUCCAUCCGAACCUCCAAAUGCGACAAUAGUAUGGCAGCAUGUUCGCCGAACGGAGCAUCCUGUGCCGUUUAUAUAAUACUUUAAUUUUCAUGCACCUGAUCUACGUCACACGAGCGUUCGGUGUUAUCUUCGAGGAGUACGUAGUGGACCAGGGCCGGAACCUCACGCUCCGCUGCGACUCGAAGCAUCCGGUUAAAUGGGUACGCGAGGGCCGCCGUGAGGACGUGCACCAGUUUCAGACGGACGGGUCGCUCGUGUUGACAAACCUGACGGCUCGGGACAGCGGCCGGUAUACCUGCUCGGCGGCGAUACCGACCCUCACCACGGUCACCGUGCUGGAGGAGCAGCCGGCGGCGGAGCAAGCGGACGAUUCCGACAAUGACACCCGCAGCAGCAGCAGCAGCAGUAGUAGUAGUAGUAGCAGAAACGACCACACACUUCCGGCGGACGCGUUCGAGCCGAGCGACGCGAGCUCAGGGUAUGAGAACGGCACGACCGAGCGGUACGGUGGGGAGAGCAGCGAGGAGUCGGCCGGCGCGUCCGAGGAACACUUCGUCGAGCUGCUGAAGGUGAACGUGAAGGUGCGGACGCCACCGCUGGCGGUGUCGAACUUCUACGUCCGCGCGUCCACCAUCAUCGCGGUGCUGGUGUGGGAGGUGAUGCCCAACCGGACGGGCGGGUACGCGAUACGCGACUUCACCGCCGAGAUGCGCAAGAUGCGCGAGAGCGUCGACGAACCGGAGCUGCCUUGGGAGACGAUCGAUCCGCGCCACAUCAGCCCGAAUGCGCGCCAGCUGGAGAUCUAUCAUCUGAUCCCGAACACCACCUACGAGUUUCGCAUCUGGGGCAACAAUCAGCUCGGUGCCGGUGAGAUCGUCACCAUCCUGUCCACUACGCAGCCGCGCAUGGAAGAGAAAGAUCUCGUGCGGCGCAUCAUGAUCGAUGCGAAGAACUUCGACACGCGGGUGUGGAUAGCGGCCGUCGGGAUCGUGAUGGGAACGCUGGUCAUCCUCUCGCUCGGGACGUGCAUCGUGCUGUACAAGGAGUGCCGCGAGCCAGCCGCGAACGACAAGGAGGAGGAACUGGAUAGUCUGGAGCUGGUACCGAACAUCAUCCUGAAUCCAGGCUUCUGCGAUUCGGACGAUCAGGGUCAGAACCCGCUGGCGCCUCCGAUACCGCGCAGCCUACCGUACAACCGGUACCGGAGCCAGGGUCUCGACGUCACCGGCCGAGGUGGCACCGGUGGCGCCAACGAGGAGGACGACGACGACGAGGACGACGACGAAGAACCGAUGACGUUCAGCCGCCGGAUGUCGAUCUUCUUCACGGGCAACACCAUCAAGCGGAUUUGA